AUGUUUAACCUCGAGGCAUUCGAUGAAGAGGCGCGUCCCCGAGCGAAAGAGAUAUCCUUCCAGGGCAGAACAUUUGAAUCCUUUGGCUACUACCUCCACGAGACCAACGACAAAGAAGCCAAGGAAAAGAAGCAAGAGUGGCUAGACAUCGACCCCAGCCUGCGCUCGCUCGUGGCCCACUGCCUGGCGCUGGAACCAAAGGAUCGCCCAACAGUGGGGGAGCUGCAGAUUGCAGUCAUGAAUGGGCUGGCGACGGCGAACCUGGCGCCCAACGCCCGCAACCCCAAGCCCAACUAUGCCGACGACCAAGAGAUCCAGCAGCUCAUCAGAAAGCUGUUCUACGAGGUUGAUGCCAUGAGCGAUCCACUUGCAGGGUGGUUUGCGCCGCCUGAAACUCCUGUAACCGAUGAGACACAAUAUUGGGAUGCAGGAAUUGAUUAUGAUGCUGCAUGGUCAGGGAAUCAAUAUUUGGGUUGA